AUGUCAUCCCGCGCCAUGUAUUUCCCCAACCUAAUUUUGUUCGAAAUUCGCCGGAUGCCAAGUAGUCGCCGUGAGCGCAUCGAAUCUGCCAUGGCCGCAAAACCCGGCCAUUCAUUGAAGGAACCUCAGAUUGCGUUAGCCGUUGCAGGCACACGAAGAAGCUAUGCGGCGGCUGCAUCUUUCACAUUUCCAGGAUCUAAAACAGGUGGCCCCGUAACCCCUAGUGCGGUCAACAGUCAAGACUUGAACUCCAAGGCAGUUGUAAAACUUUCAGGCGAUAUUGCUCCACGCGUUGGAGGCACGCGAAGCAGCUAUGCGGCGGUUGCUUCCUCCACAAUUCUAAAAUUCGAAAAGAGUGGCCCCGUACCCCGAAGUGCGGUUAAGAAUCCAGAUUUCGACUCCAACGCAACGGUAAACUACUCUGCCAGAAUUGAUCCAAGCAUCGGAGGUACGCGAAGAACCUACGCGGCGGUUGCAUCUUCCGCACUCCCAAUAUCCAAAAAGGGUGGCCCCGUAGCCCAUAGUGCGGUAAAGAGUCAAGAUUUGGACUCCAAGGCAAUAGUAAAAUGUCUAAGCGUAGACGCAUUUCAUCAAUCUCGAAGACCGCCUAAUGCGAACUCACAUGGGAGUUCGCCUGGCCAGCGCGCAGAGUGUGAGGAGUCCUCGCAAUCCACAAAUCCUGCCAAUGCCGCCGUCUCCCCACGCGGCGACAGCCACCUUUUCAAGCGUGGUGAGGAACCUCACCGGAACGCCGCGGAUGAAAUGGUCUGCCUCCAUAACAGUUAUGAGAACCCCAAUAUAAGUUUGGACCGCAAAUGCGAAGGGAGCAAACACAUAGACAAAGACGACCGGCCGAACGGUCGAAAAUCUGAAGCCUCCAUCCGACGGCCAGACGCCGAGACGAAGGAAGAGGCAGAAAAAGAUUCUGCUAUCCCAGCGUCACAGACGAAGCAAAAGAAAUCGAAACAUUCAAAUAACGCGGCGGCUAAGACCACGAAAUUCAAAGCUUUAACACAGUAUGGAUGGCAGGUUUGCGAUAAACCGCCGACUUCAGAUGCACGGAAUGACCAGAGCAGCGGCAGCCCUAAUGCUAGUGCUCUAGAGGCGAAGAAAGUCGAACCGAAGAUCUCUGCCACUAUUGAAGCCUCCCAGGGUCCGACUAACGUAAAGGGAGACACUUCAAAACCAUUGUCUGACUCUGCUCAGAAGCUUACUGUGGCUCUCAAGCCGGCAGAUGUGAGCACAUUAAGACAGCACAAAGUUAGCCAACGCGACAAGACAAUAUUCAAUGUGGAACACGACCUCGUUGAUUCAGUUGCACAGGAGAGCCAACGAUCCAUGGCCAGAGAGGCCAAGGCUGUCAAACUAGACGAGCUUAGGAAGUUCUCUGAAAGCUUCAAGCUCAGCAUGCCUAUACCGGUAGAUCUGAUCCCGAUUGUUACAAAAGACAAAGGAAAACAGAAGCACAUGUUUGAAGAAGCUUUGAAGGCUUUACAGCUACAGAUUGGCAGCACAGGGUCGAAGAGCCUUGCAGACGAAAAUCAAGGGAUAGAUAUAGCGAAGGAGACCAUCGUAUCUGGGGGUCUACCGGUCUUACCUGAACCCGCGGGUGCGCCUGUGACUGUAGAUCAGGCAUUUCAGACUACCGCCGAGGAGAAAGACAAGCGUCGCCGGAACAGCGACAAGUAUCGCGAAAGGAGACGCGUGAAGAGGGCAGAAGAGCGAAAAAAGCAAUCGGAGCUGAAAAGGCUGAGAAAGCCACAAGAACUUAAUCCCAGGGCACCGAUAUUCUGUCCCAGUACUUCCCUAACAAAUACUGGAGAUAAAUACGGUAAUCUCAAAAAUAUAUGCUUUGCAAAUUGGCCGAUUCUCUUCGUUUGAGCACGCUAUUCGGCA